GACUGGGGCGAGGCUGAGACUGGAGUUUACGGCUGGGGCUAUAGGGACGAAGACCUGGGCUGAGCCAUGUGGGUCAGGACGACACUAACGAGGAAAAGAUGGACUGAGGAAAAGACUGAGUGCGGGGACGACUGGCAUGAGAGCGAGCGCCUCGAUAUAAGCAGGUUACCCAGCUGGGAGAGAGGACAACUGCUGGCUGGUGUGGCAUCCAGCACUGAUGUGUCUACCUACUCCUCUGAAGGUGAAUGCAAGGAGACUGACAGCUGCUGCUGGAAACACAAGCAGUGCACUGGGCACAUCAUCUACCCCUUCACCCCUGACUAUGGCUACCACAGCAUGCACCUACACUCUGCUGGCCACUGUGACUGUGAUUCUAGGCUGAAGAACUGCUCAGAGAAGACAAAUAGCAGCAGCUCCCGAGACAUGGGCCCAACCUGCUCCCGAGAUGUGGGCCCAACCUGCUUCAACAUCAUACAGUCCCCUUGCCUUGAGCUCAUCCCAGAGGAAGCGUGCAUGGAGAGGAUCUGGUAUGGCUGGUGCAAAAGAUACAGGCCUAUCUCCGUGGCAGUGAUCCACCAUCCCCUCCACCACAAGUGUGGGGCAGAUGACCCAAAUGAAGAGGAGGAGGAGGAGGAGGAGGAGGAAGAAAGCAAGCCUCCCAUCCCCACCCAGGUGGGGCCCACCACCACACCACACACUGAGCCAACCAAUAGCAUGGUCACCAGUGUCCCUGACUCAGCAGCUCCCAUCACCAUUUGGCGCUCUGAGAGCCCCAUGGGUAAGAACCAGGUCAGCAAGGUGAUCAAGAAGGUAAAGAAGACAAAGGAAAAAGAGAAAGACAAGGAGGAGGAGAUGGAUGAGAAGGCAAAGCUGAAGAAAAAAGUCAAGAAAGGCAAGUUGACUAAGAAGAAAAGUCCAGUUAAAUUGGUGUCUUCACCACCAAACUUGAGCCGAUCGGCAAGUCCAAGAGAGAUGGCCAGGAUGUCAGAGUCCAGCCCAGAAAGCCGGGAAGAGCUGGAGAGUGAGGACAGUUACAAUGACCAGGGGCAGGAGGAACCCUCCAGUGAGGAUAUUAUGGAAUCUUCACUGUCCAGGAAGAGAGAGAACAAUGUCCAGGCCAAGAAGACUGGGGCGAAGACCUCACAAGCCAAAAAGGUGAACAAAAGAAAAUCUCCCCCAGUAUCAAACCCCAAUCUCAGCUGAGGCCAGGGCAUUCAGGGUGAAAAAUAAAUGCGAUCAAGCCUGUAGCUGA